AUGGGUGAUUUGCACAGCAGUGAAGGCUUCAGGUACAUUCACUUCCUGAUCCCCAGUGACCCUGCCUUCCUGAGUUCUGUGGGCAUGUCCCUUUUCUUUCUUAGGAACAAGUACUUUGCUGAGAUCAUGACUCAGAACUUGCUAAUUGUCCUGGCCAUCCUCUCUGACCCACACAUCCAUACAGCCAUGUACAUUUUCCUCUCCAAUCUGUCCUUGGUGGAUGCCUGCUUUCAAUCCACCACCAUCCCCAAGAUGCUGGUGAACAGCCAGAUGCAGAGCAGAGCCAUCAGCUAUGAAGGCUGCACCACACAGAUGUUAUUCUCUCUGCUAUUUGGAAGCGUGGAUGACUUUCGCCUAACCAUGAUGGUCUAUGACCUGUUUGUGGCCAUCUGUCACCCUCUACACUACAUGGUCAUCAUGAACUCCCAGCUCUGUGUAUAGCUACUUCUGCUGUGCUGGGUCAUUGCUGUUCUGAAUGCCCUUAUGCAGAGCUUACUAAUGCUGAGGCUGAGCUUCUGCACACAUUUUGAAAUUCCUUACUUUUUCUGUGAGUUGAAUCAGGUGAUACGCAGAGCCUGUUCUGACACUUUUCUCAAUGACCUCAUGAUUUAUAUUAUAUCUGUACUGCUGGGAGUAGGUCCCCUGGCUGGGAUCCUGUUCUCCUACUCCAAUAUCAUCUCCUCCAUCCAUGCCAUCUCAUCAGCUCAGGGAAAGCAUAAAGCCUUUUCCACCUGUGCCUCUCACCUCUCUGCCAUCUCCCUAUUUUAUGGCACAAACAUAGAUGUGUACCUCAGUGCCAGUGCUGCCCCAGAUUCAGGCUCUACUGCAGCAGCCUCGGUGAUGUACACAGUGGUCACCCCCAUGCUGAAUCCCUUCAUCUACAGCCUGAGGAACACAGACAUGAAGAGGGCUCUGAAAAGACUAGUUCUAUAA